GUUAUUUUCUGACCUGCUCCUCAACGCCGAAGUCUUCUGGGCUGGGGUGGGAAGCGGCGCGUCUCGGCGUUUCGCACCAAGGCAUGGACGCGCACGCCGCCCCGCGCGGAGCAGAGGGCCAGCUCAGGAGCCCCCCCCCGGUGCUGCUGGAGCGCAGGCACGAGGGGGAGGCAGAGGAUCCCAACAGCAAGGAGGAGGAAGAGACCAAGCAGGCGAUGGGGAGCAAAACGUGGCGGGAGCUGGCGGGGGACCUGAAGCUCUUCCUGUGGAACCGGGAGGAGAGGACCUGCAUGGGCAGGACGGCCACCAGCUGGGGCUUGAUCUUGCUGUUCUACUUCGUUUUCUACACGUGCCUGGCGGGGAUGUUCGCCUUCUGCAUGUACGUGAUGCUGCUCACCCUGAGCCCCUACACGCCCACCUACAGGGACCGAGUCUCCCCGCCAGGAGUCAUGAUCCGACCGUACCUGCACGGGUUCACCAUCGCCUUCAACGUGUCCAAGCGCAGCACGUGGCAGCCCUACGUGGACAGCAUGCACCGCUUCCUGGCGGCUUAUGACGACAAAGUUCAGGAGGAAAAGAAUAUCGAGUGCGUGGCGGGGCGCUACUUCGUCCAGGGGGGCCACGAGGGCGAGGAGAAGAAGGCCUGCCGGUUCAAGCGCUCCCUGCUGCAGAGCUGCUCCGGCCUCGGGGAUCCGACGUUCGGCUACUCGAGGGGCCAGCCCUGCGUCCUGCUGAAGAUGAACCGGAUCAUCGGCUACCGACCGGGUGCUGGGGUCCCGGUCAGCGUGGACUGCAAAGUGCAGAAAGGCAAUGAGAGCGAUCUUAGAUCUGUGGACUUCUAUCCUGGAAACGGGACGUUUGAUCUCAUGUACUAUCCCUACUACGGCAAGAUCACUCACGUCAACUAUACAUCCCCGCUGGUGGCUAUGCACUUCACAGACGUGAAGAGGAAUAACCUGGUCCCUAUUCAGUGCAGUCUGAAAGGGGAAGGUAUCAUCAACGACGUCAACAACGACCGCUUCCUGGGCCGAAUCCUAUUCACGCUCAGCAUUGGGAAGUAGCCACUGCAAACACCGGGCGCUUAGGCUAUGUUGGGCAGAGGCUUUUUCCUUUUUAAAGCCUGAAAGCCAGCAUUUCUUGUGUUAGGAAAACCAGACACAGAAAUUUUUGUUAACUUAUUUUUGUUCAUAUUUAGGAAACAAAUAAGAUGUAAUUGAGUGAGGAACCACAUUUUUAAAGACCGAUAUAAAUUGUUACUAGCAAAAAUUAAAAGUUAUACCCUAGGCAGAGAACCUGCUAUACCAUUUCAGUUUUAAUUAAAAUCCCCCUGGUAUCUGAACACUAUUUUCAUAAAGUCAUUUUGAAAGGGACCCCUGCGGAAUGCAUUUUUCCUGGCUUUAUAUUUUAAACUUUACCAUAGUCUCCUGUACGUUUCUUAAGCAAAAGCCAGGAAGAUGGUAGUUUAUUAAUACUAAUUUUGUUAAAAAAAAAAACAAACAGCAAAAAUUCUGGAUUGUACCUGCAACAGUUAAAAAUUUAAAAUGGCAAAUCUCAAAAAAACCUCCUAGGAUCUUUAGCACCAGGGGCACGUUUGGCAUUGUACUCAGCUUGUUCAGUGCGUGUAAGGUGUCGGAGAAAAGACCACGCUGAAAAACAUUUGCUUUAGCAUCUUUCCAGCUGUCCCCUUCUGGACUGGGAGGAUUAAUGCGUUCCUCUCUCCUCCUGGCUUCAGCAAGCCUCUCCUCCCCAGGCAUCCUCCCGCGGCCGGGAGGCACGGGCGGCCUGCAGGGAGCCGCGCUCUCCCUGGCACCGUUCCCAGGCCGGAGGCUCCUCCUGCCCCUGCUCCGGCACAGAAGUGCCAGGGCAACGCGUCAGGUCCCGCCAAGCGCUUUAGACCUGGUCUUCCCCAUCGCUCCAGAAAACGCAGGAAAACGCUCAAUCGUAUUAUCGUUAAGGGGUCAGUGCAGAGCUUAGCAUAGGCCAUUAGUUUUUCAGCCCAGAAGGUCUGUGAAGCACAUCGACUGGAGCGACCUCUCCCUCCUGUACGUCCCACCAGCCCCUCCCUCAGCCUCGUGCCCAACGGAUGCUCCCACCGCCCGGGGUGUAAGCGAGGGGCUGGCGAGCAGAAGCGGUGGAAAAGGGCCAGGUCCAUAGCAGUUCAGGCAACAGAGGAAUUCUUGUCCAGAGCAGGUCAAGCACGUGGCUGAAGCACAGGAGGGAGAGCCAGGAGCCCUCGUGCUCUAACUGGGACUUCCUCAUCCACCCCAUUCCUCCAUCUCCUCAGUGGGGUUGUGUUACCUUGGAGAGGGGGCUACAAGGCUUAAGUUGUUGUCAGUAUCUAUAAAAUCCUUUGCUAUCUUUGUCUGAAAGUUCCCUAGAAGAGCAAAGCACUGUGGUGAUUUCAGCACCUAUUACAGUAAAAUUCUCCCUUUCUAGACACUUGAGCUAUGGACACUUUAAAGUAGAUUUGAUUCUUUAGAAAAUGAGAUUGUUUUUGAUCAUACAUCUUCAUAUUUGAGCCACAGAUAAAAUAUACUCCAUGUGUUAUUAGUUAUGAGAACACAGCAGGACACUUUAGGAUACUGUAUUCAUUGGAAAGCACAUUUACUAAAAUUGCUUACUGACUAAACAAGAGCUUUCUGGUGUUUGUCCCACAGCCCAGCUCAGAUACCUAAUCUGCCAUCAUUUCCUUAUCUAUAUUAAAGCCUUUAAGAAGUCAUUUUUGUAUUGAAAAUAAAGCUGACUACAGUAAAACUGUAUGCUUUCAUUCUUAAAAUACUAGUGUAACAGAUAUAAUUAGUAAUUUUUGUCUCCUUUGCUGGCCAUUCAGGGGCUGGAUUUCAAAGAUGGAUGUAAAUGGAUCCUUGAAUUUUGAGCAUUUGAUUAACUUUCUAGGGCUGAAAAGAGCAGAAGCUCAGUACAGUAAGCCUCACUAUAUAGCAGGGAUAGGAAACAAUUGCCUGGCAAAAGCUGCUUUCUAAGAAAUAUUAAAAAUCUGAAACAGAGGAUAUUUAUGAGCUAUUUUUCCUGGCAGAGAUAGGGCAACAUUAUUAUUCUGUUGACACAGCUUAUGGGAAAGGGCAUAUUCCAACCAACAGAAACUGGCUUUUGCCACAAAGACCCAGCAGUAGCAGCAGCUUUCCCUUUGACAUCAGAAAGGGGUUAAAACCACAGAUGUUUCCCAGUCUGCCAAUUGCUUUAGCUCUUUCAAAACAAGGAUCUACACUUUUAUUUCUGUAGGAUUCUGAAAGGAAACAAAAAUGUCCAUGCUCCAGGCCAUGCAAUUCACAGCUAUCCAGCUGACAACAGGGCAAACCUUUAUUUGCAUCUAUUCCACAGCUGCCUAUUAGAAGGAUUCGUGAAGCAGCUGGUACUGUGUGUUAGCAGAUAGUGGACCUGAGCUUUGAUCCAACAGGCAAAGAAAGAUCAACUAAUUGGGAAGUAAGUGCGUGAGCCAUUUAGAAGCAAAAGUUUCAGUUUCCACACCAACACCCAGAUGAGGCAUGCCGACAGCCCCACUGGGAAAGCUUUGAGAAACUGCACGCAUGUCUACUUACACUAAACAAAACUUCAUAAACAUCAGUUAACUUUAUUGUUUCAUACACAUAUUCUGCUUUCAGCAAAUUUGUACAGUCAUUUGCAAAUUCAGAGAACUGUAUAUACCAUUCUUCAUGUUACAACCCUAAAGUGCUGGUUCAAUUUUUGACUUAUAUUGAAGCCCAAAAUAGUACUUAUAUAUAUAUAUAUAUAUAUAUAUAUAAAAUAUAUAUAUACGCAUCUAAGAAAUUGCCACACUUUACUAAAAUAACCUAGCAAACGUGAUGCAAGACACUUUGAUCUGGAACCUGAGCAUGAAACCACGGAUGGAAUCCAUCUGGUGGCAGCACAGAAGCAACACGCUUUGACAGACAGUUGUGAUUCAGAAAUUGCCAGUCUCAAAAUAAUCUGCCAUUCAGCUCUCUUGCAGGGAGAUCAAAUAUUGUGAGAGCAAAGGUAGAACACAAAAGGCCAAGACAACCAAAACUGAAACACACAAUCCAGCCCAGCAGCAUUAAAUUACACCCCCUAAAUAAGAGGGCUUGGUUCAAGAGCCCAUUUGCAGUAAAAAAAUCAAUUAUGUCACAUCCCAGCAAACCUUAGAUUUGGUCACAGUGAGGAAAGAACAAUUGAAUGCACAGGUAUUUCUCUAAUGUCAAAGCUAACUCUUUAGAAAAAAAUCUCCCUUCCCCAAAUUUAAUGGUAAUAUGAAUUAUUUAAACAUCAUUGUUGACCAUCUCCUUUAUGCACAUGAAUUACUGAAGGUGUUCUCCCUAUGGCGUAGAUGCAGGCUCAAUGCACAGGGAGAUUAAAUAUUAAGCAGCUCUAUUAAACACCUGCUGUAAAGGAAAUACUCCUCCCACUGCCUGCUACCACCAGCUGUUUGUGGAAUUGGCAGCUCUCUCACCAUCGCACGGAUGGAAAACAGGGUUCACUUGUUGUGAAAGGCUUUUGCCAAGCUGGAUCAAAGAGCUGGAAAGAACAAGAGGCUCUUUUCGUCUUACCAACAUGACCCUAUCUAGGGAUGAGGCAGAAUUCAGCUGCAAACAACUAGUCUCUAUCUUGCUUCAGUGUAGAUAUGGAAUGUAGGAUUGCAAAAGGUAUAUAUCAAUAAUAAAGAAAGCAACUUUCAAGAAGUCAGAUACUCUUAUUCUUUUUAAGUCAUGUCUUUUUUUUUUUUUUUUUUUUUUUUUUAAUUUCAGCAUGUUUGUGGUCAGCAUUUUUCAUACUAGAAACUUUGUGCUCUUACACUCAACACUGUUGUUUGAGAGAGUCACAAUUAGGAUGUUAAAGGCAGAUUAAUCCUAGCAAAACAGACUACUUUUACCUCUUGGCAUGCAUUCCUAGAUCACAGCUUUCCAAUGACCCUUUGUAAAUCCAUGAAAGCUUUCCAAUGGAACUGCAGGAAUCUCUUUAAACAGUCUGUGCUUUUAGUCAAUCUUUGAGACUCCUCCAAACACUCCCGAGCGUCACAGUAUCCACAGACCAGUGCUGAAACACUGGUGUAAUUUCUCUCAUAUGCACAGAAUCAAGGCUGAGACUCACUGAAGCCAAUGAAAUUCCACCCUUCCCUCACUUCACAAUUGGACUCAGAACAAAAAGAAAAAAGCAGUCAAACAAAAUAACACAAUACAUUUCUUUUAGCAGGCCGUUGGCUUUUGAGUAGUGAAAGUUCUCUAAGACUUAUCUUAUGGAAUAGACAUUAAAGACAUCAUGCUAGUGCAAAGCAAUUUCACAUAUGUUACCAGUCCACUUCCCCAUACUGAUGUUAAGACCCAUUCAUUACUAGAAGAAUCAGAUGUUCUUCCCAUGUCAUGUUAAUGCAUUAGUGAGGUCAGGUACUACCUUUACAUUUAGAAGGAAUAGGAAAUUCAGACUGACUCACAGGAACAAGCUGCUAAGUGAUGAAAGAGACAAUAGCCACAAAACAACUUCCAAUUAGAAGUCUGUAAGAGUUUGGUAUUCAUUCUCCUACAGCAUGUGCAAUCCUCUUCUACAUAGCAUUCAUACCUUUAAUUAUGGUUUUAGCUUCAGCAUUAUCUGAGUUUAGCUGUAUGCAGCUAGAAAUAUUUUCAUAUAAAAAGAUUAACAAUGCAAAUAAAGUCUCUUAGAUGUGUUCUUUAGUCAAAAUAAUCACAUUUCUCAAGUGGACACACAUCAGCUCUACUCAAAUCUAUCGUCCCCAAAACACUUUCUCCAAAAUCAUACAGUAGCUUCAAAUAAUUCUGCAAUUCAUCUUCAGACUCAUGCCAUGUUAUUCUGUUGUGAUGUGUUUUUUAUUUUUCUUUUUUUUAAUAAACUAUUAACUCAUUUGU